AUGUUUGUUAAUUUAUCGCCCAUCAGAUACGCAACCCUAGCCGACGGGACAAUAGUUCCUCAUUGCCAACAAACAUUCUUUUGUGGCAUUGUCUCUCCCUAUGUUCGGUCCUUAGCUAUGUCACUCUCACUCAACUGCUUGGUUGUCGGUGAUGACCCCGAUCGGGUAUUCACUGUCGAAAUUCCGAAGAACAAAAAUGUCAGCAUCCUCAAAAAACUAAUCAAAGAGGAGAAGGCCCCUCACCUCGACCAUGUCGCCGCAUCAGAUCUCGACCUAUGGCGGGUCUCCUUUCCCAUCGACGAUCUUGAGACGGAACUGGGAAAUAUUGAUCUUGCUGGCUAUCCGAAGUUGUCGCCACCUAGCAAGAAAUUAAGCACAUUUUUCACGGAUGUCGCGGAUGAUUGUCUCCAUGUUAUAGCAAAGGUGCCAGAGGUCCAAACGGUCGUAGCUCUUGAUCCCACACAACUCCUUUCGCUCAACUGCUUUAUUCUCGGUGACGACCCCGAUCGGGUAUUCACUGUCGAAAUUCCGAAGAACAAAAAUGUCAGCAUCCUCAAAAAACUAAUCAAAGAGGAGAAGGCCCCUCACCUCGACCAUGUCGCCGCAUCAGAUCUCGACCUAUGGCAGGUCUCCUUUCCUAUCGACGAUCUUUCCUCCAAGAAUCCCCCGACUGUUGGACCAAAGUUGAGAGCGGAAAAGUUUUUGUUGGAUGCGUUCUCCUCGGAGCUUGAUGCCAAUCGUAUCCAUGUCGUUGCACGUGUUCCGGGCCAAGGUGCACCCUCUCCCAGCUCAGGGCCACCGCCAUCUGCAUAUAAAUUCCCAGUCCUAUCUGCCGACCAGGUCGGUCGGGACCGGGAGAAAUUCUGUAGCCAACGAAAGUCUGAAGCUCCUUCGAACGGUGGGAAUCCUCAAACAUUCCUCAACAGACAAGACAAGGCCGAUGGGUACAUUCCAUGUAAUCGGCCCUACGGUCGCCCCACGGCAUUGCCGCUGAGUCUGCUCCAUCCCAUAUUUGGGGAAUACGUCGAUGACGCCGAGAACUACGUGCCGACGACUGACGAUGUCCAAUUCUUUCUUGCAUUCGUGCAGGCCAUGGCGAAUAUCUACAAAGCGGAGGACGGUCGACGGGAAACUCUCCUGACCAUAUUCGACGACCAUAAGAUACCCAUAAAGCCAACGAUGAUUGGUAGAUUCACCACGGAUGGCGAUCUGUCAAUUGGUAAAUUCAGAUUUUUGAUCGCAGAAUUCAAGAAUGAAAUCGGGUCCACGGCCGCUGAGCCGUUUUUUCAAGCCAUCCUCUACUUCCUCGAGGCAACGCGGAACCUUGCCACUCAACAUCUUAAUUCCGUUCUACCAUGCAUGAUUGUACUCAUUUUUGGCCCUUAUGUCGCAUUUGCCGGUGCUGCAUGGACCGAUCGUCCGACCGUACAGAUGCUAUCCCCUGCCAUCCCCUGCCAUUAUCAGGAUACCGAUAUCAAGAUGGAGGGCAUGCUAGUGCGCCACCUUGGAGCUCUCCGACGCGCAAUUCAUGCUCUAGACACCUAUUAUCAGGAAUAUAGCGCCAAUCCAUCUUUUCCCCUGCGUAAUCCCACACAUCCAUAUCCAACCUCUUUUACAUCUUGGGAUGGUUCGGCAAAACGCUUCAUAUACCUUUUCCACAUGAAGGGUCGCAACCUGUUCUUUGGCCGUAUGGACGACAUCGAUGGCACUGCAAUCUGCAUUAAAUUUGUUGCUCGUUAUUGCAAAGAAGGUCACGAGUUUCUUGCUGCGAAAGGCUUUGCGCCGAAACUUCAUGCUGUCGAGCGCCUCCCUGGAGGAUUGUACAUGGUUGUGAUGGAUGAUGUCAGUGAGGAGUACAUCAGCUUGUUCAACUUGAUUCGAGACAAUCCGGAUUUCUUAUCGGAGGAGCAUCUGGGUGCUCGCAACUGUCUUUCGGAGAAAGUCGGACAAUGCUUGCGGCAAUUCCAUCAGGCUGGCUUUGUACACGGGGAUAUUCGCGAUACAAACAUCAUGGUGAAGACUCUGAAGUGGGGUGGUAAUGAUGGAUCCUUUCUGGUGGUAGAUUAUGAUUCAUCCGGUAGAAUAAAACAGGCGCGAUAUCCCCUCAAUUUAAAUACCACGUCCGUCCAACGGCCGGAGGGAGCAACUGGUGGGGCGGUUGUCGAGGCGGAGCAUGACCUGGAAAUGUUGGAUCAUAUCUGGGAUUCUUAA